AUGUCUUACAACGAUAACGAUCGCGAGGACCGUACCUCAGGCUACGGUAGCAGCAAUCGUGAGGACAACGAGUACGGAUCUAAAUCCUCUGGAUAUGGAAAUGACCAGGAGGACUCCUCCUACGGCAACAAGAAGUCCAGCUAUGGGUCGAAUGACAACGACAACACUUCCUACGGAUCUUCUACGCGCAGAAAUGACGACGAAGAUACAUACGGCUCGAACAAGCAAUCUUCCACUCUUGGAUCAUCGGGUCGGGAUCAGGACGAGGAUACCUAUGGAUCUGAGAAGAAGUCAUCAGGAUAUGGCUCUUCCAACCGCAAUGACGACUCCUAUGGGUCUGGCAAUCAGACCUCCGAGUUCGGCUCAUCAAAGCGCAAUGACGAUGACGACUCGUACGGUAGCAACAAACAGUCGAGCUAUGGCUCCUCGGGCCGUAACGACAGCGAGAACACUUAUGGUUCGGAGAGCAAGUCUUCAGGCUAUGGUUCAUCAAACCGCAACGACAAAGACGAGGACUCGUACGGCAGCAACAAGCAAUCCAGCUACGGCUCUUCGAACCGCAACGACAACGACAAGGAAGACUCAUACGGUGGCAAUAAACAGUCCAACUAUAGCUCAUCCGACCGUAAGGAUGAUGACGACUCAUAUGGCAGCAAGAACAAGUCAAGCUAUGGCUCAUCAAACCGUGAUGACAAUGACGACUUCGGCUCAAGCAACAAGGUCCCUGGCGGCAUUGGAGCUUCCGAGGAAUCCUCCUAUGGCUCGGGAAACACUUCUUCGGGUUACGGAGGCUCUGCGGGUCGGGAUGACAACGAUUCGUACGGAAGCUCUGGACGCAAGAAUGAGGACAGCUAUGGGUCCAAUGACCGCGAGAGUUCAGGGUAUGGAGGUUCAAACAAGAGGAGCGAUGACUACUAG